UUUUGUGAAGAAAGAAGAUAGUGACUCAUAUCAAAAUCACGCACGAGUGACACUCGUAAAACAAUGUAGUUGGUUACAUGCCUUAUCAACUUGUUGACAGUGUUCUUUAGCAGGCGACCUCGAAGUUGGACAAUAAUUUCUCCCAUUUAAGACUGCUAAAAAGGUACCUUUUUUCCCUUCAAAUCCCUUGCAUGUCAUGAAUGAUGUAGGGGCCUACAUCAUACAUGCACUGCACAGUCACAGGUAAAUCAGAACGCCAAGAUGACAACUUACGGAGUACUUAGCUAUAUUGAAGCAAAACGAAACAAGUCUCUUCCGGUGAAAAAAAAAGACAUUAUUAUUGACUUGCUUAAGGAUGAGCCGAUGCCUUUCCGUGAUCCUAAAGUGAUGCACCGAGUAAUCACGGAUGCAGAAUGUGAAGGAAAGGAAGUCCUCAUAAUCGGUGAUGUUCACGGCUGCCUUGAAGAGUUAAAAGAUUUACUGGUUAAGUGCGACUUGUUAGAAGAUGGUGUAGUAAGAGACGGUGCCAUAGUGAUUCUCUGUGGUGAUAUAGUAAUGAAAGGUCCACUUAAUGUCGAGACAUUACGCUAUAUGAAGCAUGCAGGCAUUUUGGCAGUAAGGGGUAAUCAGGAUGACAAGUGUAUACUACGGUACACCGACAAAGUAAACGGUAUACCUUUUAUGACUAAGAAUCUGUGGAUGGAAGGCUUGACUGCAGAUGAUAUCGAAGUUCUCCUUGACCUUCCUUACUCUAUAUCAAUCCCAAGCGUUAAGACUGUCAUUGUGCAUGCUGGAGUGUUCCCAGGUGUACCGUUGGAGGAACAAAAUCGAUUUGUCUUGACAUACAUGCGGAGUAUACACUCAAAAAAUGGAACUCUAGCACCUAGUCCUGCCACAGUGAAAGAAGAUGAAGACCAGCCAUGGGCAAAAUUGUGGCGUGGUCCGUAUCAUGUGUAUUUUGGCCAUGAUGCGAGGCACGGACUACAGCAGUGGGAUUUCGCAACUGGCUUGGAUACAGGCUGUGUGUAUGGGAAAAAAAUGACUGGAAAAUUUGUUGCUGGUCGACGCCAAGGUGAAUUUAUAAGUGUUGAUGCCAGGAACACAUACUGGAAAGUAUAAGUAGCUAAAUACCCAAAGAUAUUUCGAAAUGGCCCUUUUGCAUUGGCAACUGGACUUUUGGUGUGGCCUCCAGUUCCAGGAAAGGGUGAUUUCAAAAUGCCUCCCUGGUAUAGAUGAAUCCCGGCCAGGACAUUGUGAAAGAGGGCAGCAAACACAGAGGGGGGGGGGAGGGGGCUUAUUCCAUGACAUCAAACAGGGGAAAACUCGCAUGAAAAUUAGCUACCCAGGUCGAAUCACACUGGCGACGAAACAUGGGGGUCGGCUGGGGAAUCGUCUGUUUAGCUACCCGUUAAUUGAUUCUCUUUAACAAAGAAAACAAGGCUUCAAACACGUCAUCACUACCUCUGGUAACCGUCAAGAUCAACGUUUUUGUGACCUCUGAAAUUCUUCAAUUUGGAGAAUCACAUUUCUGGUGUGUUGUUUGUUAUUCAUUUUGAAUGUAUAGAUAUAUAUUGUAUCAAAUUUAGAUUUUUGUUCUGCCUUUUGAUUGCCAUGUAGCAAAAAUACAAAUUGAUAUUGAAAUAGAAAUUUUGCUACGUGGCAGUUGGCACACAAAAGUUGUUUUAUUUAUUAACAGUUCUGUGGUCUGUGAGAACAGACCAAGUUAAUUACACCAUAUCAUGGUGGAGUGCUGAGAAUUAUACGACAUGUAUUGACUACCCGGGUACUAUAAGAUCAUUAUUGACUAGUCCAGAUAAUACCAAGAAUAAAUGGUACCAAGUGAUAAUGCAUAAAUUUACACUUUGCUCAACAUUUUUUUAAAUAACUUCUGAUUGAUGAUGAUUGUUGACUUCUUGUGAUGAAGUGCUUCCAGUUCAUAUUAGUAAUGUUGCUAUGUAAUGUAACACUACAUUGUGGGUCUGUUCAAUGGGCAAUAUUCUACAAGUAUCAUAACAAGUAUAACGAUAUAAUAUUCUGUGUGUUUUUAGUCACAUAGCGCAUGCAUAAUGGAUUAGUGGCUCAGACACUCGGUGGGAAUCUGUGUUGGCUAAAAGAGUAUCCUUCAAUCUGGUGGGAGCUAGGGGUGAAAUGAAAUAAAAUGAAUUGAACCAAAGUUUGAGAAUAGGGAAAGGUCAACUUGGACAUGUGCUUAUAUUUUUAUAAAUGAUCUGACAAUAAAAUUCUACUUAUCAAAUUCAGAUAGCGGUCACAAGAAGUUGCCUUAUAAUCCUGCUUGGGUGCAACGAUUACUCUACAGGAGGGUUGGAUGAAAUAUUCUGACUAAGGGGACAAAAUGCACAAUAUGUUCUUGGUCUUAAAAGUUCUGUUUUGAAGCCAAUCUGUAAACUGAGUUGUUGUUUUUUUGGUGUACCAGGUAGUUUUUUACAAGUUCGAUUGGUUGUAACAAUUCUAUUCAUGUGGUCUGUUUUCAUGAUCAUAAAACCCACACGAACAGCAACCCCAAGGAAGUUAAUGAUUUUAGAAUACAGAAAAACCUCCCUUAGCAAACACCUCUCUAUUAAGGAAACCCUCUCUAUUAAGGACACUAGUUUUGGUCCCAAAUUGGGUGUUUCCAUUUAAUUUGACCUCUAAUCAGGACACCUCUCUAUUAAGGACAGCACUUGUCAGUCCUGAGGGUGUCCUCAAUAGAGAGGUUCUACUGUAGUUUGAAUCUUUGUUCACUUAAACAGGGUAAGAUCGACGUUCUUCUUUAUCGUUGACCAAUGUUAUUUAUUCAGAUAUUUCAUGUUUUUUUAAACAUUGCAGCGUAAGUGCAUACUUAACUAGAGUAACUGGAUGAUUGUGUGACAAGGAAUUUCAAUUCAUGCCUCGAUGAUAGAUGGCUCCACUGCUGCAACCACAAAUUCAUUGGCCAUUUGGAGGUAUGACAGUCAGUUGUGAGGCAUCUUUUGUUGGGAACAUCUAAUCAUCCUCUCCCACCGUACUCUACUAGUCUCAUCACUUGCACUAUAUAACCAAUGCUAUUACUGUUUUUAAGAUUUGUAAAUACUCUUUCAAUCAUGAUGUCUUUGGAGUUUCAGAAUAUACUUUAAAAACGUGUCAUCCAACAGCAAGGGAUAUGACGGAGACGAGUGUGCUGAAUAUCUAAACAUCAGAUUGGUUUAAUUUAUUUUUCUAUGUCGUCUUAAUAUUGCUACAUGUACAUGUUCUUGAUAUGUAUGGCAGGAGUUAAUGAGGUCAAGGUCAUUCAGCAUGUUGGACUGACAGCCACACAUCCAUCCUGACAAUAUCGGGCCAUUUCACUGGAUACGUACGUCAUUACUCCCUCUGUUUGCGAGAGGAUGACAUACAUCACGUAUCAAAACUUUUCAUGGUUGAAGCUGAACUGUCUCCAUGUAGUGUAGAUCGUCACCGCGGGCAUUUUGAAUACAAAGGGUGCAGGUAUAUAGCAUAAUACAUUGUACUUUGUUUUCAAAUAUGAAAUGCCUUCAUUUGGUGUUUUUCUCCUCUUUUCGUCUUCACGGUGGCCAACCUAUUCACCAGUUACGGGCCACAACUGACUCAUCCAAUUCUUUUUUCAAACUAAUUUUUGAGGGGUGAAAUGCACUCAUUUCACCAUUUCGCUUGUCCAGUUUUACAAAUUACAAAAGAUUCUGCUUGAUCUAUUGUGGCCCAUACAGGAGUCUUCAGUGUGAUUUGCCACUGUGAGUUUGAAAUUUUUGUAACUUUAGUUGAUAAGUGACGAUUGGGUUUCAAGUCAGUACAAGGAUGGGAUUGUCCUCUCUUGAACCCCAGUCAUGCUUUGCUGCCUUAGUGAUGGCAGCUUGGCAUAGAGGCCAAGACUGCACUAGAUAGUGUAUACUUCAUGUAUCCCUUCCAGUCAAUUGGAGGUUGGAGUAUACAUGUACAUGAUAGGUCUUGCAUGCCUUGUGCUAUAACCAGUAUAUCUUCUAAUUAUGUGUUGUGCAGCUUAAAACUCAGAUCUUUUAGGGACCAGUGGUAGUGUGAUGAAUUUCUUUUGAUAUUCACUGUGUGUUGUUUUUAAAGUAAAAUUUGU